AUGCCAAUCUCACAGAUAAAGAUAGAUGGAAAUGUAGAAAGUCCUAGUAGUAUUGCAUGUAGUGAUUUUACCUUUGCCUUAUCAAUUAGUAGUGAUGAUUCUGAAGAAUGUGAGACUAGUAAUAACUCCCCAGGGCUAGUUGCUAGACUCAUGGGUUUGGAUUCAUUGCCUCCUGUUUCAAUGAAUGAUUAUUGCCAUGUAGAUUCCAUAAACAUGCCACUUAUGUCAAAAAACUCUUCUUGGGAUAACAUUGAAGAAGAAUCAACCAUGAAUAGAUUUCAAAAUGAACUUUUGUCUCCUAUCAAAAGCCAUGGCUAUGUGAAAUCUAAGAAUGCUGCAUAUAUAAUGGAUGAGGAAAGUCCUCAACCAUAUAUGAGAAACAAAAUGUCUUCCUUGAGAACUCUUGAACUGCAAGAGAAGUCGGAAGGGGCGCAGCGCGAAUCCAGGUUCAAUGUGAAUGGAAAAGAUACUGAGAAGAGAAGAAAUUCGGGAAAUAGUACUUCACCGCAUGGUAAAGGAAAAUCUGUUUCACUAGCAACACCUUCCAAAACCGAUGUUCUAAGUAAGGAUACAUUGAAUUUGAAUGGAAAUAGGAGAUGCAUGAAGCAGAAAGAGAUAAAAUCGAACCAAAAGAAUUGUAUUGGUCAAAACAGUGAUAUUCUUAGGCAGAAUGGUUUAACCAGCAAAGGUAUAUCAGCUACAAAAGUACUUAACAAUAAGCCAACACGAAUCUGUUCUUCAGAAAAUUUGACCGGAGCUAGGAAGACAACAAACAAAUGUGAUGUUAAUUCCAUUAUUGAAUCCAAAAGGUCAAGCACAAGAGUAGCUGAUAAGCGAAAGGAAGUUUCAGUAUGCAAUAGAAAGAGUUCUUCUUCCCAAAAGAAGAGGUGUGAUCAGAAUGGUGCACGAGGUUCUGAUAAUGCAGUUAAUACUUUUGAAAGCAAGUCCAUAAAAUGUAAUGUUACAACUGAUGAAAGUAUUUACAAUGGUUCAUUUAGCAUGAAAGAAAGCAGGGAUGUCAUUUCGUUCACAUUUACUUCUCCAUUGAGGAGAAAAAGGCUUGAGUCGCGAUCCACUACCGAGCAGGCAAUGGAAACAAGGGCCGGAAUUGAUGUUGAUUCUUUUGAUCACAGUGGUAAGGUUUAUCCCGAAGAGUCAUCAUUAUCUCCUUCCAGGUUUCAUGUAUUAGAUGUUGAUGCAUUAAGUGUCAUGUUAUCUCACAUCAACCCACCUCAAUGCACCUUGGAAGUAGAAGAUUGUUCGUUUGGUUUUGGAUCUACUUUGGAGGACAGAUUUAACAGCAUGAUAUCAGAACCAAUAGAAGACAGAACAGUUUAUUCUUCCAUGCAAGAUGAAGAAGUAUCUAGCUCUCAAAUAAAUGAAUCUAUUACACCAGAGUACAAGGUGAAUUGGUUUGAGCAAAGCUCUACAAGAUCAGAAAGGAUGAUGGAACUUGAAUAUGUAAAGGAUAUACUCAGUAGUGCAGAAUUGAUGGCAGGAGAAUUAGCGGUGGACGAAACCGAAAAUAUGAUAACGCCAACUCUCUUCGAUAUGUUGGAGAUUCAGAGAACUGAGGUAGAAAGCUAUGAAGAGUACUCUAAGACUCAAAGGAAGGCUAUAUUUGACUGUGUAAGUGAGUGUUUAGGAUUAAAAUGUAGGCAAGUUUUUGUUGCAAGGUGCAAAACAUGGCCUAGAUGGAUAACAUUUAUGAGGAAGAGGUGGUUAGCAGAAGAAGUGUACAAGGAAAUGUUGGAAUUUAGAAGCAUGGAAGAAGAGGUAGUUGUGGAUGAGAUUAUCAGAAAGGACAUGUGCACUCCAUUGGGUAGAUGGCUUGACUUUGACAUAGAAGCCUUUGAAAAUGGCUUAGAAAUUGAGCUUGACAUAGUAACCUUUUUGAUAGAUGAAUUGGUAUCUGAUUUGUGGCUAGUUUAA